AAGCAAGGAGCCUUACAAGAAUUACGAGUAUUUUUAGAAAAAGAAAGAAAUGGGUGGUUUGGAACAACGUUUUCCUGUUCCUUACAAGAAUCUCUCAUUGGAAAUCAAGGGGAAUAGAACAGACCUAGUCAUUUGCCGUUAUGACGAUCAUUUUCUUAGUUCUCAGGUUAUGGCAACGCAGAUAGGAACUAUGGGAACAAUACUGCACGCCAGAAAGGAGGAAGGGGUUUCAAUCCAGCCGACUUUCCAUGUGUCUGUAAUAUUUGGCAAACGAGAUGAGCCAAUGCUACUGGCAAUUGCCCGUCAGCUAAUUGAACAAAUAAGCUCCUCGGCCUCCUCUUUGCCUUUAGUGCUUUCUCUGGGGCUCAAAGACCAUAGUGCGGAGACACUGAAAGGCAUUGUUUCUGCAGUGAUGGAGAACCGUCUCUGGUAAUACAUUGAUGCUAAAUUUUCAGCUUUUGUUGUCUAGGUGUUGGAUUUUGUUUAUUAAACAAGGUAGCAUAUAGCGCAAGUUGGCUUCUAAUCACAUGUAUUCUAUCUUUCAAUUCAAAACCUUAAGUAAGAAAGAGGAGUUGGACCGCGUGCAAUUUUGUCAUUCAAUGGUCAGAAUCCAAAAUUUCUGCUA